ACCUCUAUAGGUUUUUGUCAUUCGUUUUCAAAAAUUCAUUGUGUUAACACCUUUUAAAAUAGUUGUUGUCCAAAAUUGUUCAAUACAUAUUUUGUUGGUUGUAAAAUCCUGUUUCUUAAAAAAAACCUGAAUAAGGAAUCAAGGAUUUUUUGCUGCAUUUAGCAAAGACAAACUUUUAGGCUUACGUAAGUAUAGAAAAUCAUGUGCUGCGGACCUUGUGGACCACGAUGCUGCGAUCCUUGCGGAGGUUGCUACAACUGCUGCAUUGAACUUUGCUGUUCGCCAUGCACUCCCGCCUAUAUUCAAUGCUCCUUCAUGCCGUGCGGUCCCAGCGGUUGUUGCUAAUAUAUAACCUGUUAAAGAAGCAAGGAUUUUAAUUUCCAUCAUUUUGAAAACGAAUAAAUUCGGAUAGAAAAUAA